CUUACCGACUUUUACGACAUGUUGAUGCACAAGUCCUUUACGUGCUAAGUGUCACGGUUCGAUGCAUUUGUUUAACGCAACGGAGUUAGUUUAGUGCACGGUCAUGCACGAGAUAUUGCAACAUAAUAACUGGAAGCCGAAUUGCGUGUGUUGAAGCGACCGGGGAUCGACAGACUGGUGAAAGGUAUCGCACCAACGCCGGACGCGAGGUGGACGAGAUAGGAAUCAAAAUGGCCCAGUUCCCCAAGUUUUUAACCGUGUGCUGGCUUUUCUUGGUUUGGAAUAUUUACAGUGUAGAAGGCAUUGAUCUCAGUGUAGAAAGUUUACAAGAUUUACCCCUAAGACUGUACGAAAAAGAGGAAACUAGUUUUGUUUUCAACUUUAAUUUUUCGCAAAAUAAUCUUAACUCCGUCUUGGUUCGAUUUAAAACGCUCAAACCAAAAAUCGCAACCAUAUUUGAAAAAGAUACGUUUUUAUUAGCAGAAAAUGUCUCAGUAAAGAUAAUAGGUCGUUUGCUUGGACGAACAAAUAUGACGAUUUUAGUAAAUACGUCGGAUAUUUCUUCCAGCACGUAUACCAAGGGAGAUAACUCUAAUUCAAGCUCAUGGUACGAGUUGCAACAAAAAUUCAGAAUUGUUGUAAGCCGAAAAGAAAGAACCGUUGACACGAUAUUUACCGUAGUUGUGAUAAUACUGGUGAUCACCUUGAAUGCUGCGAUGGGUUGCAAGGUUGAACUGCUGGUUGUCAAGGAAACGUUGAAGAAACCAAUAGCACCUAUUGUUGGAUUCCUGUCACAGUUUAUACUUAUGCCAGUGAUAUCCUUCAUGUUGGGAUACUUCCUCCACUUUGACCCGGGGAUUGCGCUUGGAUUUCUUGCCACCGGUUGCUCACCAGGGGGCUCUGCUAGUAACAUCUACACAUAUUUGCUCGGUGGUGAUGUUUCUCUCAGCGUGACGAUGACUCUGGUUAGCACAGUUGCCUCCCUUGGAAUGAUCCCGCUCUGGCUGUUCACGGUGGGAACGAGAGUCCUGUACAAGGACGCUGAGAUCAGCAUCCCGUACACGAACAUCUUCAUCUCUCUAAUCGGCCUCAUCCUGCCGAUCGGCGCCGGGCUCCUCCUCAAGUACAAGAAACCCGCCUGGGCCAAGAUGUUCGUGAAGAUCAUCAGACCGGUCACCGCCAUAUUCCUCAUCUUCGUGUUCACGUUCGGCGUCUACGUCAACCUCUACAUCUUCGACGUGCUGGCUCCGAUGGUCAUACUGGCUGGAGCCUUGCUGCCAUAUUGCGGCUUUCUUUUCGGCGCAAUUGUUGCUGUCGUCACGCGACAGUCGAAGAAGAACAUCAUAACGAUCGCCAUAGAGACGGGAAUACAGAACACUGGUAUUGCCAUCGUUUUGUUGAGAGUGUCUCUCGAGCCGCCCGAUAAUGACCUCGGUAUUGUACCGCCGGUGAUCGCGGCGGUGUUUACGCCAAUCCCUCUCGUGAUUGCCAUCAUUGCCUUGGAGAUCCGGAAGAGGUGUUUCACGAAGAAGACACAGAUAACACAGGGUAAUGACAACAGUCACGAGAUGCUUUCUGACCGACCAGAACAGGACUCCCCUGCUAAGAAGUCCAACAACGACAAAUACGAGAUGCUUUCUGCUGUACCAGACUCUCCGGUUAAGAAGUCUGAAAAAGACAGUGACAUACCGCAGGUUGAUGCCUCAGGACAUCACUGACACAAACGAGAAUCAGUUUUGAUGCCAACACUAUGACAUUUGCACCUUCAUUCUUUAUUGACUUUAAACUAUACAUGGGCGUAGGAAGGUGCCAAAAAAGAUGGGGACACACACACCAAUAUAUAUAAAUACACGUAUAAAUAUAUAAAUACCAUCACUGCUUUUACAAAGUUGGGGGGACACAUGUCCCCCUUGACCCCCCUACCCCCAACGCUUCCUACACCAGUGCUAUAAACAAGUGUAGGUUAGGUUAACUAAUCUGGUAUAGCCAAACCAGUUUAAAAUGUAAGUGUGAACACAAUCUUUUUCACUAUGCCAAUAUACAUGUAGCUAAACAGGUAUAGCUAAAACACAUCGGUUUGUGGUUUGUGUGACUAAAACACAUCGGUUUGUGGUUUGUGUGACUAAAACACAUCGGUUUGUGGUUUGUGUGACUAAAACACGAUUGGUUUGUGGUUUGUGUGACUAAAACACAUCGGUUUGUGGUUUAGUGAAACUCGUAUGACUAAAACACAUCGGUUUAUGGUUUAGUGAAACUCGUAUGACUAAAACACAUCAGUUUGUGGUUUAAUGAAACUCGUAUGACUAAAACACAUCGGUUUAUGGUUUAGUGAAACUCGUAUGACUAAAACACAUCGGUUAAUUUGUGGUUUAGUGAAACUGGUAUGACUAAAGCACAUCGGUUAAUUUGUGGUUUAGUGAAACUGGUAUGACUAAAACACAUCGCUUUGUGGUUUAGUGAAACUGGUAUGACUAAAACACAUUGGUUUGUAGUUUAGUGAAACUUGUGUGACUAAAACACAUCGGUUUGUGGUUUAGUGAAACCAAUAUGACUAAAACAGCGUAAAUGUAAUUGUGAAGGCAAACUGUUGUAGCGAACAGCCGAUCAUUGUUUUGAUGUCUUGCGCAAGUGUGGAUAACUACACUUCUGCUGUAUACCAGUAGGCCUAUAUAGCUAUCACAUGUGUGAAUGUUUGUCACUUCCAAUCAAAAAUGUUUUAGCUAAACCAGUAUAGUUAAACCAGUUUAGCUUGUGUAAGUGUGAACACUAUAGAUCAAGGUUUCUGGCAGAGAGUAAAAUGGGUAUGGCAUCAUACCCGCAUUUAAAAAAAUAUUUUUUUACCUUUUGACAAAAUUAAUGACUCUUACAAUUACGAUAUGAUUUUCUUAUCCCUAACCCUAAACCUAACCCAUUUUCUUUCUGGGGCAGGGGCAGCCCCCCCCCCCCCCCCCCCCCCCCCCACAUCCUAUUGACUGCAGUUGCAUUCAGCACACACACACUGUAAAUGUUAAAUAUCACAGUGCCAUACCCAACAAUGUAUUUCUGGCAGAAACAUUGUAGGUGUAUUAUGUGACUUCAUAAACAGGGUGAGAGACCAGUGUUCUGCUUGAACGAAAGAAAGAAAGAAAUGUGUAUUUCUGGCAGAAACAUUGUAGGUGUAUUAUGUGACUUCAUAAACAGGGUGAGAGACCAGUGUUGUGCUUGAACGAAAGAAAGAAAGAAAUGUAUUUCUGGCAGAAACAUUGUAGGUGUAUUAUGUGACUUCAUAAACAGGGUGAGAGACCAGUGUUCUGCUUGAACGAAAGAAAGAAAGAAAUGUAUUUCUGGCAGAAACAUUGUAGGUGUAUUAUGAGACUUCAUAAACAGGGUGAGAGACCAGUGUUCUGCUUGAAUGAAAGAAAGAAAGAAAUGUUUCAUUUUAUGACGCACUCAACACAUUGUAUUUACGGUUAUAUGGCAUCAGACAUGUGGUUAAGGACCACACAGAUAUUGAGGAAAGAAACCUGCUGUCGC